AUGGCUGCUAUCGAAUCUCUCCCUAACAACACUUUUAACAGUCGCUCAUCAGUGGAAGAGUGCUAUCCGAUUCCAAAAUCGCAUCCUCUUCAUCCAAGCACUGCGUUGCCGAAAAAUGAUACCCUAGAAGCGAGUUCUGAUGACGAAGCGACGGAUAAGCUUGAAGAACUAGCUGGAAGUCAAGCUGGUAUUAAAAUUGCGGGAAAACGCGACAAUAUCGACUCUACCCUUUCGAAUUACGAUUUAGCACCGGAUAGUGAACGCACUGGCGUACCUCGUGGUAUUAAAAUCAAGCAUGGGUCUGUCGACCUUCAAGAUGAGACCACCACCGCACCUGAGGCAGUCGACGGCGCAUGUAACAAAGACAGCGUCUCCACAACGCAUGGUGGCGGAUACUUUAUCGUCCACUAUAGGGCUGACUGCCAUCAUGGCUCAGAAAGUGCUCGCCGAAUCGGUGUCUGGGAAAACCAGCCGACGACGAAACAUCCCAGUGAUAUUCGCCACGAACUUCGGAAGCUGGAUUACUUCCAAGACGAGAUGGAUCACGUCAUCUCCAAACAUCCUUCUCCUUCACGCCCAUGUACGGUCUCACAAUACAUUACCUCACAAAUCCCUACAAGCCGCGCCACUUCAGUUUUCGAAACCUAUUUGCAGGAUUACAUGAUUAUUGGCAGCAACACGACCUGUGUUGGGGCCGAAGAGAAGGAUAUAGUAGGUCAAAUGACUGAGGAGACAACCGAAGAACAUGACGAGAAAGCAUGCGAUGAGCUGGUGUUGAUGGUAUCAUUGUUCUCACUGUUUGGUCUAGUUCUUUUCGCUGGAUCUCUCACUGCGGAGCUUUGGCAUCAUCACUCGAUUUAG